UAACUUCUUCUAGUUUACAGUUGAGUGGUUUUUGGAUGAAAAGUUUCAUCUGCAUUUAAAGAAUCUUGGUGGGUCAUCUUCUUGUACGCAGGAAAAGUUUCAUCUGCAUUUAAUUUCUCCAUCUCAUUCACAAAAUACUGUAUCAUUGAAAAUGAAUAUAUGGAGGACGACAAGCUCAAUAAAUAGUACACAAAACCUCUAACUGAACUGAACUGGCAUAAUAUAGCACACCCAUAGUGUACAGAGCGAGUCAGAGAGUUUCAGAGAAAGGGAAUUGCAGCAGCAGCAGCAUCAUCAUCAGAAUGUCUAGGUUGCUGAUAUUCAUUCUCAUCAUCAGUUUCCUCUUCAAUAAUCUCUCAGAGGCUAAAAAUGAGAAGAAACUUCCAUCUGCAGUUGUAGUGGGCACUGUUUACUGUGAUACUUGUUUCCAGCAAGACUUCUCUAAAAGCAGCUACUUCAUAUCAGAAGCUUCGGUUGCCGUUCAAUGUGGAGACGGAAGUGCAAAACCCAGUUUUAGCAAGGAAGUGAAGACUAAUAAACAUGGAGAGUUCAGAGUUCAUCUACCUUUCACUGUCAGCAAACAUGUCAAAAGAAUCAAGAAAUGCUCAGUGAAGUUAAUUAGCAGCAGUGAGUCUUUCUGUUCAGUGGCCUCCAGAGCUACUUCCUCAUCACUCCAUCUGAAGUCAAGGAAACAAGGAGUUCACAUUUUCUCAGCUGGGUUUUUCACCUUCAAGCCCUUGAAAGAGCCAGAGUUGUGUAAUCAGAGACCAAGCCUUGAAGCCUCAAAGCACCAACUCAUUCCCAAUCCUGUAACUCAGGAUCCAACCAUACCAAAUGUACCCUCUUUCACACCCACAACUCCAUAUUUAUCUCCUCCUAUACUACCCAAUCUUCCACCAUUGCCAUCAUUACCACCUCUCCCUCCCCUGCCACCAUUGCCAGGACUACCAACGUUACCACCACCUGUGCCCAAUGCUAAAAUGCUUUCAGACCAAACUGUAUCUAAGCAUCAAACCGCAAGCAGCUUAGCAUUCCUCUUUCCCCCUUUAGUUCCACCGUUAUUCCCAACGCCACCUCCAUUCGGGAUUCCAAAUCCAUUUCAACCUCCAGCACUUCUGCCCCCACUUCCGUUUCAGCCACCACCACCACCAUUUUUCAACCUUCCACCAGUUCCAGGGCUAUCUCCACCCCCAUCACCACCACCUUUUUUCAAUUUUCCACCAGUUCCAGGGCUAUCUCCACCACCAUCAUCACCACCACCAUUGUUCAGUUUUCCACCAAUUCCAGGCCUAUCUCCACCUCCAUCACCACCACCACCACCACCACCAAUACUACCCUUUCCUUUACCUCCAUUGUUCCCACCUCCAGGGGGAUUCCCAGGCAUUCCUCCAGCUCAUCCACGUUCAAAGGAAACCUCUCCUUGAGGCUUUCAAGUGAAAUGCAAUCAGCAUUGAUGAUUUGAUGUAUUAUUGUUAAAUAACUCACACUUAUGUUUAGCUGCUGCUCUCUCUCUCUCUCUCUCUUUUUUCAUGUUUUGGGAUUACUGUAAUAUCACCUUAUCAGUGAAAGAUAAGCAUAUAUUUAUAGCACCAAGAUUGGCAUGUAGAUUAAUUAAGCCUUCUAAUAAGGCUUUUCAGUUCAUGAACAUCGUUAGUUUAUUUCA